AUGGCAGACACUUCUGCAGCAGCAGCUGCUGCAGCAGGAGCAGCACCUUCGGCUGCUGCUGCUGCUGCACCUGCUCUGGCCAGCAUCAAACGGUCUGCUCAGCCUGAGCAGCCGGAUGAAGGAACAGAUCUUGCUGCGGCAGGUCUUGCUGGUGGAACACCUGCUGCUGCUGCACAGCAGCAGGAAUCAGUAGGUGAUGAUAAGCGUCUCCACGGGGUUGGAGUAGGCGGACAAGGUUCUACUGGAGCAGAGCUGCACGGUGCAGCAGAAGCAACAGACGAAGCAGCAAGACAACCAGCAGGACCAGCAGCAACAGAUGCAGCAGCAGGCGAAACUUCUGCUGUGUUCCGCCAUCAACGAACAGCCUCAACCACCCCAGAUGAGCUGCAACAGCAGGCAGCUCCCAGCAGCAGCGGCGGCGACAGCAGCAGCAGUAGCAGCAGCGGCAGGAGCAGCAGCAGCGGCAGCACCGGCGGCAGCAGCAGCAGCAGCAACUUAAACAUCAAAGACAUUGAGGCGAUGGUUGCUGCAGUGGAGUUGGCGUUAGAGCUGCAGCAACCUCGCUCUUUGCUGCAGCCCGUUUCUCCCCCAGCAGCAGCAGCAGAAGCAGCAGCAGCAAGAAGAGAGUCAAUGCGGCACCCAGCUAUGCAGGCAGGAGCCCUUGCUGCAGCAGCAGGAACAGCAGCAGCAACAGAACUCCUCGCCCAGAGCUACAUACAGCAGGCAGCAGGAGGUACAGCAGGAAGCAGUGGCUUGCAUGCAAUAUCUGCAACAGAAGCAGCAGCAGCAACUGCUGCUGCUGCCCUUGCUGCAACAGAGGCCUUUCCGCAUGCAAGCGCGAGCCGCUCUGGGCUUGUUGCAUCGCAACUCUUCUUCAUGCAGCAGCAGCAGCAGCAGCAGCAGCAGCAGCGGCAGCAACGGCAGCAGCAGCAGCAGCAGCAGAAUGGAGACAGCAUAAUGCACAAGCAGCUGCAGUGUCUUCGUUUGCUGUUGCUGACUGGCUGCCUAAAUCCCCAUUGGAAGAAUCAUGCAAGGCCUCAAGUCUUCCAGUUUCACUUUGCCCUGCUGCUGUCGGCAUCAAUAGAGCCUCUCUUUGACGCUUACAUUUGCAACAUCUUUUCUCCUAUUAUUAACAGCAGCAUGGCUGAGAAACAGCAGCAGCAGCAACAACAAAAGCAGCAACAGCAGGAGCCACUUACUUUGGGAGCAGGAUGCACUUCGGCUGUCGGUGGUCCCAGGUGGAGCAGCAGCAGCAGCAACACCGUGGGCAGCAGCAGCAGCAUGGAAAGGAUUAAGAGUGACGUAGAUGCUGCGGGCCUUGGAGAAGAUGUCUUAAUGCGUCUGUUGAAGGAUCCUCCCCGCAGCAGCACCUUGACUGCUGCUGCUUCUGCAGUCUGCUCCGCCUUAGAAUGGGUAUUCGAAGCCUGCAGCGGAGCUGCAGAAAGAGGAGCAACUAACACCCACACGCUGGCUAUCUGGGCGGCAGCAGCAUUUAGCAGCAGCAGAAGCAGUAGCAGCAGCAAAAGCAGCAGCGGCGACAGUGCCCCUACAGUUCGUGCAGAUGUGCCCCUGCCGGCAGUUGCUUCUGCUGCUACUGCUCCUACUAGGGGUGCCGCUGUUACUGCUGCUUGCCCUGCUCCUGCUGCUGCUGCUGAUCGUGGUCCUGCCGUGUUUGCUGCUGAGUUUAGCAGAGACUUCGAUUCCCUUUUGGGAGAAGAGCAGUCUGGAGGAAGGGGGAAGCAGACAGGUUUGCUGCUCCAGCAUCCGCAGCAGACUCAUCCGCUGCAGCAGCAUCCGCAGCAGACAACACUGCUGCAGCAGCAGGGAACGCAGCAGCAGCAGCAGCAGCACCCAUGCCGCAUGCAGCAGAUGGAGAACCCCGCGCUUGUGAAGGAAGAUCCCAUUAGUAGUUUAAGCCGAGAAUUCGAUGCAAGCGUUGGCAGCAGCAGCAGCAGCAGCGGUGGCGGCAGCAGCAGCAGCAGCAGCAACAACAACAACAACAACAACAACAGCAGCAGCAGCAGCAACAGCAGCAGCAGCACGACCGCCGGGGUCUCUACAGACCUUCUUGUUCGGACUCUCGAGUCUUUCUUAAGCAGGCGACGAUCAGCUCGUAUGGGCCGGGGGAGGCGCCGCCCUUUCAAUGAUCCUGCAGCAGAAGCAACAGCAGCAGGGCAACAGCAGCACCAGCAGCAGCAGCAGCAGAGACUGCUGCCUGCAGCAGCAGAAGACUACAGCGACACCAGUGAAGCCGCUGCUCACACUCUAGAGACACUUCAGCCCCCGUUAGGACUGCGGCCGGUAGUUCAUGAGGGUUCCUCCAAUCCAUCAGUAGGAGUUACUUGCAGCUCUUCAGGAGCAACAGCUGCUGCAACAGCAGCAGUGGCAGCAGCUGCAGCAGAAGAAGAGGCUCCAGAAGAGAGGUGGCAUUUUGCUGCUGGGGGAAGCAGCAGCUGUAGCAGCCGCUCAGGUUCAAGCAACAAUCCAUCUCCGAAUCUUGCCGCUCUGCUGCUGCAGGGAGAAACAAGCACAGCAGCAGAAGAGCUACCAGCAGACAGAGAGAGAGAGUACCUUCUCUGCUCCGCUGCCCUGCAACAGCAGCAACAGCAGCAGCAGCACAAAGAGCAGCAGCAGCAAGUAGCGCAAGCAGGGCAGCUUUCCGCAACGCGCGGUAGCUUGCAAGGGAGCUCAAUAACAGGCCAGCAAGUGCAGCAGCAGCAACAACAGCAAGAAGAACAGCCGCAGCCUGUGGCUGCUGCUACUGCUGGUUAUUCACUUAAAGCAGCAGGGAAGGAAGAGGAGCACCAGCAGGAGCAGCAGCAGCCCAGCAGCACACACGGACAGCAGCAGCUUCACCAGCAACAACAGCACCAUCAGCCACAGCAGCACCAACAGCAACAGCAACAGCAGCAGCAGCAGCAGCAGGAAGGCUCUGUGCAAAUAACCCGCAGUGGGCGGAGAGUAACAUUUGCUUUUAAUGUGUCAGAACUUGCAAGAGACGAGGAGAGAUCUCCAGCAGCAGCAACAUCGACAGCAGCAGCAGCAGCGACAGCUACGGAUGGUCGCCGCGCUGGAAGAAAAUCAAACGCGGCCCAGGGGGGUCCAUAA